GUGCAUUCUGCCGAGUGGCAGCAUUAUUUUUGUUCUGUGGACUGCUGUCCUGUCCACUGGCCCUCACCCUGCUGCUUUGCCUCGAUCCCAACUUGCUUUUGCCACUUUUGGAAUUAACACAUCAAUUUCUCUUAUUUUCAACUGCUGUGGAUUGGUGGAUUCUCAUUUGUGAGCUGGUAAAGGACAGUCUGACAUUUUAAGUUGGCACAGUGGCCCUCAGGAUGUCAGCAUCUUUACAAGUGACGCAGAAGCAGCAGCAGCAUCAUCUGCAUCAACAGCAGCAUCAGGAGAAGAAGCAGCUGCAGCAGCAUCAUGAGAAGAAGCAGCUGCAGCAGCAUCAUGAGAAGAAGCAGCUGCAGCAGCAUCAUGAGAAGAAGCAGCUGCAGCAGCAUCACUAUGAGAGCAACUGUUACCUCAGCAGCAAGUCGUCUGUUAGCAAGCAGUCGUUCACGACGUACCAGACCACCAGCCGUCGCCUGAAGACCUCUGUGAAGACAGAGAAGGGGCAGGAGGUGGUUAAACUGAGCCCGCUACCUGUGAGAGCCAAACGCACCUACCUGGCGAUGGACACGGACAAAGAAGUCAUCGGCUAUGUUAUACCUGUAUUCAGAGCCAAUCAUGAAGUGGUUCGAGGUCUGAUGGAGGCCCAGGACGAGGUUACGGAGGAGGGGAUCAACUAUGUGGCCAUGAGGAACCUGUUCGUCAGGGAGGCCCGCGAGGCUGUGCACGUGAAAGUGGAGAAGAAGACCAGAACAACGCAUGUCAGGGAAUCUGCUGAGCGUGUGGAAAUGAGCAGGACGAUGGACGAGUGGGCAGAGUUCCGUAAGAAAAUGAACCCAGACAGCCUGAUGCACCUUCCAGAGUUUAUUGUCAAGCCCCGCGGACAGACCGUCUGGGAGGGCAACACCGUCAAGCUGCACUGCACCGUGGCCGGGUGGCCCAAACCCAGGAUCGCUUGGUACAAAAACAAUGUGCUCAUUGAUGCCAAGGCCCACCCCGAGAAGUACACAGCAGAGAGCAAUUACAACAUGCACUCCCUGGAGAUCAAGAACUGUGAUUUCCUCGACACUGCUCAGUAUCAUGUUUCUGCGCUCAACGUGAAAGGAGAAGCUUCUUUUGUGGCCACCAUUGUUGUCAAAAGGUUCCAGGAAAGCAUGGAAGCAGGUCCACUGGACCCUAAACCACAUGGUUUCUGCGCUGAGCACGGUGUCACCUUCGAGACCACCAUCAUUGACAAAUUUGAAGUGGCCUUUGGCAACGAGGGUGAGACACUGAGUCUGGGCUGCACUGUCAUCAUUUAUCCCACUGUGAAGAAAUACCAGCCUGAGGUCGUGUGGUACAGAAACUCUGUCCCCCUGAAGCCCUCCAAAUGGAUCCACUCCCACUGGUCUGGCGAUCGUGCCACACUCACUCUUGUCCACCUCAACAAGGAAGAUGAGGGCAUGUACACCCUGCGCGUCAACACCAAAUCUGGCUUUGACACAUACUCUGCUUAUGUGUUCGUCAGAGAUGCCGAUGUGGAGGUGGAGGGGGUUCCCGUGGCCCCCCUGGAUGUGCGCUGUCAUGACGCCAACAAGGACUACGUGGUGGUGACCUGGAAGCAGCCAGCGGUGGAGGGCAGCAGCUCCAUCCUGGGAUACUACAUCGACAGGUGUGAGGUGGGCACCCAUCACUGGGCUCAGUGCAAUGACAACCCAGUGACGUACGCCCGCUUCCCCGUCACAGGGCUGGUGGAGAGCCGCUCUUAUAUCUUCAGGGUGCGGGCCCUGAACAAGGCAGGAGUCAGCCGUCCGUCCCGCGUCUCUGAGGUUGUGGUCGCCAUGGAUCCCUCCGACAGAGCUCGACUCAGAGCUGGUCCUUCAGCUCCUUGGACUGGGAUGAUCAAGUUUACAGAGGAGGAUUCAUCUGUGGGCUUCGUCCCUGGAGAACCCUCGAAUGUUGUGGUUACUGAGGCAACUAAGAGCUAUGUGGUGCUCGCCUGGAAGCCCCCAGUCCAGAGAGGUCAUGAAGGAGUCAUGUAUUAUAUUGAGAAGUGUAUUGCAGGAACAGACACCUGGCAGAGGGUGAACACUGGUAUGCCAGUCAAGUCUCCCCGCUUUGCCUUGUUUGACCUGGCGGAGGGUAAAUCCUACAGCUUCCGUGUGCGCUGCUGCAACUCUGCUGGCGUGGGCGAGGCCUCUGUAUCUACAGAAGAGAUCACGGUCGGAGAUAAACUGGACCUGCCCGCCACUCCGGGCAACCCAGUGGCCAUCAGGAACACCGACACCUCAGUGGUGGUCACAUGGGGGGCCUCAAAAGAUGUUUCACACCUGGUUGGGUACUAUAUUGAAUGUAGCGUGGUCGGCACUGAUGUCUGGAUGCCGUGCAACAACAAACCUGUCAAGCAGACCAGGUUUGUCUGCCAUGGCCUGACCACUGAAGAAAACUACGUGUUCAGGGUGAAGGCAGUCAAUGCUGCUGGAUACAGUCAGAGUUCUUCCAAUUCUGAUGCUGUGGUUGUGAAGGCUGCCAUCGCCGUCUCUGGGAGGCCCACUGGUGUGACCUUGCUGGAGGCUGCCAAGGACUUCAUGGUGCUGGGCUGGACCGAGCCUGCUAACAAUGGAGGUGCUGAUAUCAGGGGAUACUUUGUGGACUACAGGACUGUGAAGGGAACUGUUGUUGGGAAAUGGCAUGAAAUGAACCACCAAGCAUUGACUACAACCACCUACCGAGCUGAGAACCUGAAGGAGAACGUCUUCUACCAGUUCCAGGUGCGCGCUAUGAACAUGGCAGGUGUGAGUAAAGGCUCUCUGCCCAGUGCAUCUCUGGAGUGCAAGGAAUGGACCAUUACUGUGCCAGGCGUUCCUGUUGGUCUCCACGUGCUGGAGGUUCGUGACACCUCUGUCGUGGUCCUGUGGGAGCCCCCUGCAUUUAACGGCCGCACUCCUGUCAACGGAUACUACUUGGAUAUCAAGGAGGCCUCUGCUGGAGAGGAGGGCUGGAAGGCUGUCCAUGAGAAGGCCAACAAGAUGAAAUACAUGAAGGUGACCGGGCUGAAAGCUGGUACAUCCUAUGUCUUCUCUGUGCGUGCUCAAAAUCUUGCUGGAGUUGGAAAGGCCUCAGCUGUCUUGGGUCCAAUCUUGGCCCAGACUCGCCCUGGCACCAAAGAGAUUUAUGUGGAUGUCGAUGAUGAUGGCAUCAUCUCUAUGGUCUUUGAAUGCUCCGAGAUGAAUGAAAGCUCAGAGUUUGUUUGGUCCAAGAAUUACAAGACCAUAACAGACUCCUCACGACUGACUAUUGUCAAAGAACAGGGCAGGUCCAGGGCCAUCUUCAACAGCCCCUCCCUGGAAGACCUGGGAACCUUCUCCUGCGUGGUCACCAACACUGACGGCAUCUCCUCCAGCUACACACUCACUGAGGAGGGUCUCAAGCGUCUCCUGGACAUCAGCCAUGAACACAAGUUUCCUGUUAUUCCGUUCAAGAAUGAAAUGGCCAUGGAGUUGCUGGAGAAGGGUCGCGUGAGAUUCUGGACUCAGGUGGAGAAAUGCACCUCUGCCUGCCAAGUGGAAUACGUCUUUAAUGAUGUCAUCGUUACUCAGGGAAAGAAAUACUCAAUGAACUUCGACAGGUCCACCGGCAUCAUUGAAAUGUUCAUGGACUCUCUGGAGGUCACCGAUGAGGGAACGUUCACCUUUAACCUGGUGGAUGGAAAGGCCAAGGGGACAACCAGUCUGGUGCUCAUUGGAGAUGAAUUCAGGGAGCUUCAAAAGAAAUCAGAAUUUGAGAGGGCAGAAUGGGUCAGGAAACAAGGUCCUCACUUUGUCAAGUACCUUGACUUUGCUGUCACUCCAGAAUGUGAUGUGCUGUUGAGAUGCAAGAUCGGAAAUGUCAGACCCGAGACCGAGAUCUCCUGGUACAAGGACAAAAUUGAGAUUGCAGAUGAUGAUGAGGAUGCCAAAAAGAUCGAGAGACAGGACAGCGAUCUGACCUUUAAUAUCGGAAAGAUCUCCAAGGCCGAUGCUGGUGUUUAUGAGGUCCAACUGAGGGAUGACAGAGGCAAAGAUAAGAGCAUCUUCAAUCUAACAGACGAAGGAUAUCAGACUGUAAUGAAUGAGCUGUUCAGGGUUAUUGCCAACUCCUCCACUCAAAUUCAAGUCCUCAGCACUGAACACGGUAUCGUCCUCCACUCCACGGUUACAUAUCACCACGAGGACCUGCGUGUUGGUUGGCUCUACAAAGAUGCAAAGAUGGCCGCCUCAGAGAGAGUUAAGUCCGGAGUCACAGGAGAGCAGCUCUGGCUCAAGAUCAAUGAGCCCACUGAGAAGGACAAAGGCAAAUACGCCAUGGACAUCUUUGAUGGCAAGGACGGAGUAAAGAGAGUCUUUGAGCUGACUGGCCAGGCUUGGGAAGAGGCGUUUGAAGAAUUCCAGAGGCUCAAGGCGGCAGCAAUUGCAGAAAGAAACCGCGCUCGUGUUGUUGGAGGUUUACCAGAUGUGGUUGCUAUCCAAGAGGGCAAGUCCCUGAACCUGACUGGCAACGUCUGGGGUGAGCCCUUACCCGAGGUGUCCUGGACAAAGAACGAAAAGGAGCUGGUGUCUGAUGACCACAUCAAACUCACGUUCGAGCAUGGGAAGUUUGCCAGCAUCACAAUCGACUGUGUCACCACGGCGGACUCUGGCAAAUAUGCCCUCCAUGUCAAGAACAAGUACGGAAAGGAAGCUGGCGAGUUCACUGUCAGCGUCUACAACCCAGACGACGAGAAUAAGGAGGAGAAGAAAGACUAAAGGAUGACGAAAUAAAGAGAAGAAGAAUAUUUGACGACUGGGCUGUCUCCAAAGCGUUUUACCCCGGCACAUGCCGGUGCACAAAAGCAGUUUAAAUAAAUCAUGAAUCCAGCUGCAUCUCCCUGCGUCUUUCAUGUGCUGGGUUAAAGAGCUUUGGGCAUUGCUUAUUAAAGGAGUAAACAGUGAAUGUGAUAUGGAGAUAACAAUCGUUUGCUUGUAGUUGCUUGAGAUGUCUUAUGUCCCUUCUGGCCAAUAUCAGCAGUUUACGUAAUGUAUGGGAAAUGGUUGACCUGUCAUUACUCUUUGUUUUAAAAACAGCAGCAGAAGCAAAGCACUGUUUUUAUAAUAUUACAGUAUAACAUUUGGAUGACCUGUGACCCCUCAAACCAUGUCUCACUGAGGUUUAUGUACUGUAAAACAAAAAUAAAGGAAGAAAAGGACGUGGUGAAUUUCUUAA